CUUUUCCAUGUUCUGCUGCUAUCUGCUGUGUAACAUGUUUGCUCUCCUUUUGCUGUACUUACUACAUGCAGGAUUUGGAACACCUAUCACGUCCCAGAGAAGUUUUGGGAUUGAUUAUGCCCAUGACUGCUUCCUUAAGGAUGGGAAACCAUUCCGCUACAUCUCGGGAAGCAUCCAUUAUUCCCGUAUUCCCCGGUCCUACUGGAAAGACCGCCUCUUGAAAAUGAAAAUGGCAGGCCUUGAUGCUAUUCAAACGUAUGUGCCAUGGAACUUCCAUGAAUUUGAGCCAGGAGUUUACAACUUCUCUGAUGACAGAGAUCUUGAGUAUUUCCUGCAGCUUGCUGAGGAGAUUGGCUUGUUGGUCAUACUGAGAGCAGGGCCAUAUAUAUGUGCAGAGUGGGACAUGGGAGGUCUACCUGCCUGGUUAUUAAAAAAAGAAUCUAUUGUCCUUCGAUCUUCCGAUUCAGAUUACUUGGCAGCUGUUGGAAGAUGGAUGGGGGUCUUACUACCAAAGAUGAAGUCUCACCUCUAUCAAAAUGGAGGUCCAAUUAUCAUGGUGCAGGUUGAAAAUGAAUAUGGCAGUUACUUUGCCUGCGAUUUUAAUUACCUUCGUUACCUUCAGAAUCUGUUUCGCCAGCACCUUGGAGAUGAAGUGGUGCUGUUUACCACAGAUGGUGCAAGCAAGCUUUUCUUGCGAUGUGGAACUCUUCAAGGCCUUUAUUCAACUGUGGAUUUUGGACCAGGUAGCAAUGUCACCGCAGCAUUUUUAACUCAGAGACACAGCGAACCUAAAGGCCCCUUGGUCAAUUCUGAGUUCUACACUGGCUGGUUGGAUCAUUGGGGCGAUCAUCAUUCUGUUAUACCAUCAUCAAGAGUAGCUAAAACUCUUAGUGAAAUCCUGGCAUGGGGAGCUAAUGUAAACAUGUACAUGUUCAUAGGAGGGACUAAUUUUGGCUAUUGGAAUGGAGCCAAUAUGCCUUUUAUGGCACAGCCUACCAGCUAUGAUUACGAUGCCCCACUGAGUGAAGCCGGAGAUCUCACGGAGAAGUAUUUUGCUAUCAGAGAAGUCAUCGGCAUGUACAAGGAAAUACCACAGGGCCCUAUUCCUCCAACGACUCCAAAAUAUGCCUAUGGAGAGGUUUCACUGGAGAGGGUGGGCACAGUAAGGGAACUUCUGAAUGACCUGUCACCCUCUGGACCAAUUAAAAGCAUCUAUCCCUUAACAUUUGUUCAAUUGAAGCAGUACUUUGGGUAUGUAUUAUACAGAACUAAGCUUCCAAGAAACUGUAGUGAGAAAACUCCACUCUCUUCAACAUUUGAUGGAAUUCAUGACCGUGCUUAUGUCUCUGUGAAUGGGAUUCCUCAGGGAGUCCUUGAAAGAAGCAAGCUGUUAACUCUCAAUAUAACUGGGAAUGCUGGAACAUAUUUGGAUAUAUUGGUAGAAAAUAUGGGCCGAGUAAAUUAUGGAAGAUACAACAAUGACUUCAAGGGACUGAUUUCAAAUGUAACUCUUGCUGGAGAGAUACUCAUGGACUGGGAGAUAUAUCCACUGGAUAUUGACAGAGCAGUGGGUCAGGGCCUCAAAAAUGAGAUGUCUGGUGGGAAUAUUCCAAACUAUGAAGAGCCUGCUUUUUAUGUUGGCCAUUUUCCCAUUCCUAGUGGAAUUCCUGACUUACCUCAGGACACCUUCAUCAGGGUUCCUGGGUGGACAAAGGGACAAGUCUGGAUCAAUGGCUUUAACUUGGGACGCUACUGGCCAGCCCGUGGCCCUCAGCUAACACUGUUUGUUCCAAGCAACAUUCUUGUUUCGUCUUCUCCAAACAAUAUUACAGUUAUGGAGCUGGAAAGUUCUCCUUGUGGCACCCAGAAAUGUUUGUUAGAGUUUAUAGACAAACCCAUUCUCAAUGCAACCCUUUACUAUGAAAGCAGUACUGAGAAGUUGUUCACGAGAGAUGAAUGGUUGGACCAUAUAUAAGUAUACCAGAUUGCCUCUUUACGUUGGUCCUUUUAUUCAACAGAUCCUCCAUUUUCUACACUCUCAGCUGUGGUGGUGGGGGAAAAUCAGUGUUUUAAAAAUCCAGAGGAAUAAUUAACUUUAUCAAACCAGUGGAAUGUAUAAAAUCGUAUUAACUCUUUUUCUUAAAAAAUAAAAUGAAAAUCUUGUCCUUAUAAUCAGCAAGAAAAACAACAACACAGAUUCUUAUGGGCGCCCAGUGGUUUAAACAAAUGGAAUAUGUGUUCAAUAAACUGUUGAACACACAUCAGAAUCAGGAUUUUUUGUCUUGCUCUCUCUGAAUUUUUGCAUUUUUAUCUGUUGAUUUUGUAUUGUAGUCAGACCCAGAAUGUUCAGAUUCAUAGUUUGUAUGGAGCUGCUAAAGGCUUUUAUUGUAUGAAAAUGAAGGAAACAUUUUAAGGGGUAUAAAAUGAAUUAUCAUGUAUUUUUGACAAACUGUUUUCACAUUGUUGGUUGUUUUAUUAUGUUCUUCAUGGUUUUAAUUUUUGUGAACCGCCCAGAGAGCUUUGGCUAUUGGGCGGUAUAAAAAUGUAAUAAAUAAAUAAAUGAGAAAUAAUUUUAAA